GUGAAUCCAGUACUGCCAACCUGAUCAGUUAUUGACGUUUCGAAGAACGUGAGAAAAAUUGUUUUUGUUGUCAUAAAUCGCCGUAAAAUGCCGAAAUCGACCAGAAAACGCAAACACAUCGCGGAAACGGAGGGCCCGAAGCAGAAAGUGCGCCCGUUCGACGAGAAAGCGGCCGCCGAGGAGGAACAGUUGUCUCAAAUCCUCUUCGGGGGGCCAACGAGCUUCCUGAAGUGCCUCGAGGAGGCCGAACGGGAACCCGGAACGUCGGGGGCGGCCAGUACGGAUUCCGGGGUGGGCGAAGACGACGGUAACGAGAGCGACAGCAGCGGCGAUCGCAAACCAGCUUGGUUUGAUGAGGAUGACGAUGGAAUAGAGGUGGGACAAGCCUUGGCGUCGCAGAGAAGAAAACUACCCGAGGGGGGAAUCAACAGCAAAACCAACAAAUAUUCGAAGCUGCUAAAAAAUAAGUUCCAAGCGAUUGUUGGUACACCAAAAUGGGCGCAACUGGACAAAGAAAAAGCGGAUUCUGACUCUGACGAGGAGAUUCUACAAACCUGUGGUUUUGUAAGAAAAACCUCCAAAGCUAACCUACCCUCGUCUUUACUGGAGUUCAAGAAAGUCAAGGAUUUAAACUGCGAGACGUACUCUGAAGGGCCCUACAUAAACUCCAUUGAAUUUCAUCCAACGUCCAGUGUCGCUCUUGUAGCUGGCAACAGCGGAAUCGCGACGUUAUUCGCCGUAGAUGGCAGAAAAAACAACAAACUACACAGCAUAGCUUUCCAAAGAUACCCAAUAUUAAACGCAAAAUUCAUACAGAACGGCAAUGAGGCAAUUUUAGGCUCCCGACACUCGCACAUAUUUAGUUACGACCUAGUUUCCGCCAAACCCGUCCGAUACAACCUGCCACAUGGCCUAACGCAGUGCAAAAAAUUUGUCGUGUCUCCAGACUUCAAAUUUAUGGCUGUUGCCGGUAAAUGGGGAGAAGUGCACAUUCUCACCACCAACUCCAAGGAGGGUGUUGCUGUUCUGAAACAAGACGGCGAAGUUACGGCCUUGACAUUCAACCCCCAGGGGAAUUUGUUGUUCGGUCACAGCGACACAGGGGAGGUGACAGUUUGGGACAUGAAUAUGAGGCGGGUGAAACACAAGUUCACAGACGAGGGCUGUCUACAGGGUACCACCAUUGAUAUUUCUUCUUCGAAUCAGUUCAUAGCAACUGGUUCUGCACAGGGUGUAGUCAAUUUGUACGGGCUUGAGGAUGUGUUGAAAAAUAAAAUCCCCAAGCCUAGAAAAUCCAUUUUCAAUCUAACCACAGGAAUCUCAAGUUUGAAGUUUAAUUCUUCUUCGGAAGUGCUGGCUUUGUCUUCUGCUGACAUUCAGAAUUCAGUGAAGUUAUUCCAUGUAGGUUCCGGUUGUGUUUUCAGUAAUUUCCCCAAUUUUGAAAGCAAAAUGGGUCAUAUCAACGCUCUAAACUUUUCGCCAAGCAGCGGGUAUAUUGCUUUCGGCAAUCGCAAGUCUAUAGUAUCAUUGUACCGUUUAAAACACUUCAAGAAUUAUUAGAUACCAACUUACAGGCAUUAAAUGUAUAACAGAAUAUAAUUAUAUGUAUGUUACAUGUGAGAAAAAUGUUGAAGGCAUUAUAGUUGUUUAAUUCAAUUGUUCCAAUAAAUAUUUUUUAUUUUUUGGACACCAUUAGCACUUUUAAUGUUAUUUACCACAAUUCCAAAACAUGCUAUUUAAUUUAAUUAAGUUAAGCUGUAAAAUAUUUUUUAUAUUUCGAUAAAAAUUCGUGUAAAUAAAUUUGUUAACAAUACUCAA